AUCGUGCAGCCCCGACUCUCCUCUCCCCAUCCCCAGACCCUGUCCCCCUCCCCUCCAAUCCUCCCCGCCCCUCUCCUCUCCCAUGGCGACGCCGGCCCUACCAAACCCUAGCCCGCUCCUCGACGACGCGCCGCCGCCCGAGCCCAAGCAGCGGCGGGAGACCAAGGUGUGGAAGCCCAAGGUGCGGGAGCCGGCGGCGGCCGCCGCGCAGGAUCCGGACGCGCAGGACGCCGAGGAGCCCGAGCCCGAGCAGGACGAGGGCCCCGAGCCGCCCCCGCUCCUCCCCACCGACGCGAUCGAGCCCACCCCGUCCGGCGCCGAGGAGGACGCCGACGCCGACGACUCCUCCUCCGUCUCCUCCGCCCCUGACGCGUCCGCGGGGGGCAAGACGGAGAGGCCGUUCCCGGCGGCCACGGACCUGCUCCACAUCUCCUACAACCAGGACUACGGCUGCUUCGCGGCGGGGACCAAGACCGGCUUCCGCAUCUACAACUGCGACCCCUUCCGCGAGAUCUUCCGCCGCGACCUCGGCCCCUCCCCAGCCGCGCCCGACAACGACCAGGCCCUCCAUCAGCCCCCCGUCGCGGGCGUCGGCGGGGGCGGGGGCGGCAUCGGCGUCGUCGAGAUGCUCUUCCGCUGCAACAUACUGGCGCUCGUCGGCGGCGGCGACGCCCCGCACUACCCGCCCAACAAGGUCAUGAUCUGGGACGACCACCAGAGCCGCUGCAUCGGGGAGCUCUCCUUCAAGUCCCCCGUCCGCGGCGUCCGCCUCCGCCGCGACCGCAUUGUCGUCGUGCUGGAGAACAAGAUAUUUGUCUACAACUUUGCCGACCUCAAGCUCGUGCACCAGAUUGAGACGGCGCCCAACCCCAAGGGCUUGUGCUCGGUGUCACAGCAGCCCGGGUCUAUUGUGCUGGUUUGCCCGGGCGCACAGAAGGGGCAAAUCAGGGUCGAGCACUAUGGUGCUAGGAAGACCAAGUUUAUCAAUGCGCACGCCUCCCGUGUCGCCUGCUUCGCAUUGUCGCAGGAUGGGAGACUCAUUGCCACCGCAAGCACUAAGGGGACACUUGUAAGGAUCUUCAAUGCCGCUGAGGGCAAUCUUCUCCAGGAAGUAAGGAGAGGUGCUGACAGAGCAGAAAUAUAUAGCUUGGCUUUCUCAAAUAAUUUACAGUAUUUGGCUGUAUCUAGUGAUAAAGGAACAAUUCAUGUGUUCAAUUUAAAGAUAAAUGUUGGUUUGACCACAAAUGAUAAGCCUCUGCCAGCUCCAGAAGCUGAUGUUCCUCAUAUGAGUCCAUCGUUUUCUUUUAUUAAAGGUGUGCUACCUAAAUAUUUCCACUCGGAGUGGUCUGUUGCUCAAUUCAGGCUCCACGAGGGCGAGCAGUACAUUGUUGCAUUUGGCCAUGAGAAGAAUACUGUGGCGGUUGUCGGCAUGGAUGGAAGCUUCUACCGGUGCCAGUUUGACCCGGUAAAUGGAGGAGAAAUGCAACAGCUGGAGUGCCACAAUUUCCUAAAACCAUCAGAUCAACCUCAGUAGCAAAAUAAUAAAGCAGCAACUAUUUGUCUGCCUUGUGUGUGCCAUGGUUGGCUGUACAGUGUCUCUCUGUAAGCUCUCGGCUCGGCUGAGGGUUAAUUAAGCAGGGGCUAAUGUUAUGUGUAAAUAUAUGCCUUUGGUGACGAUGAUGCCAUAAUGUGCUCUGUGGAGGGUCAGAAGGAAGAAAGCCUUGUGCAGAUGAACAAUGAUAGAAUGCAUCUUUUAUCUAUGAGUGCUCGAUUAACAAUGCAAUUGCUAGUUGAAUUUUACCAAUGUCCUGGAGAUGUUAAGCAUGAUAGUCUUUCUGAUAAAGGGAUGUUGUUCUUCUUUGAAUAAAAUAGAAAUGAUGUUA